AUGCCUGACGGUCGUGAACGCCAACCCUACCUCAGCAAAGGCUGGCGUAAGCAACUGGAUUCCUACGAGAAAGGUCUCAUACAAAGUACGAGCGAGUUCCCCCGUCACUGCUUCUACUUCUGCUGGCCCAACAAGGACUCUAUAAACAGCGACGACUGGAAAGCCGGUCGUGUAGGUUAUAUUUGUGACCCGCAGUGGGCCCAUACCAUCUACCCUUAUAUUUUCGACGGCGACUGGCACGGAGACGGUGCCUCACUACAGCCAAUGGGAGAGAAUACCAAGCAACUCCAAGCGCAACUGGCAGACGAAAGACCGAAAUUCAUCAAGAAGAAUGGCCCACCGGUUGGUGGUGGCAUGGCCAGGGAGUGGUCCGAUAGCGUAAGGAUAUUGAGUUUCUGGGUGACAGGCGGCCCAGAUGAUAAAGGACCCAGGACAAUUGAUCCUAUCGGACUUGACCCAGACGGUAAAAUACAGCUCAAGCCAGUUCUCAUCGCUGCCAAGAUGUAUGCGAAGAGAACAGCCUGGGACAAGACUGACUACAAGGGCAAGAACGUUACCCGAGAGGAGAUCGGUCUCCCCAAGCCAGUGCAGGUUGUCAAGGGAACACCACUGGACGAGGUCAAGAAGAUCGAGCUUCUCUUGGACUCAUUGGCUGCAGGGCUGCCACAGCUCUCGGUUCAUGGGCGGAGAACUUGGGUAGACCCGCCUUCGGCAGACCAAGAGAAAAUCGACGAUCUGGCAGCCUUCAUACGGAGUGAAAUGUAG